AUGGCUAGAAACUUACAAUCGCAGCUUAAAACUCUGCAAAAACGUGAACGACAAAUAGUGCUUAUGCUGGACAGUGUUGAUCGGUUUUUGCAACACUAUAAUUCGGAACACGAUGAGUGUCAAUUAACAUCAAGGAUCCAAGCUUUGGAUCCAGUGUAUAGUGAGUUUUAUGAAGUGCGUGGAAAAAUAGAGAUUGCAUUGGAAGAGGCCGAUGAAAAGCUGGACAAGGAUUUGGAAGAGGACACUAAAAAGGAAGCAGAAAAGCAACGACAGGAUGAGAACGAGAGGAUUUUGCUGGAGUUUGAGGAUCGAUUUUUCGAGCUGAAAGGAAUGCUCAUGAAACUUCAAUUAUCGAAAUCAUCUCAGCCAAACGACGAGUCGAGAUUCAGCCAAGAUCGGUCCGCCCCAUUCUCUCGCGUCAAGCUUCCAGAGAUUCGACUUCCAACCUUCAACGGGAAGAUCAAGGAAUGGGUGACGUUCAGAGAUAGCUUUCGGAGUCUCAUUCACUGCAAUCCUCAGCUAGGAUCUACGGAGAAGUUCACAUAUCUCAGGUCUGCCGUCACAGGUGAUGCGUUGAAGGAUAUCGCAUCCAUUGAACUCACCGAUGCCAACUAUGAUGUCGCUUGGGAUAUUUUGGAGGAGCGCUACGAGAAUCGUAAGCUCAUUGUGAAGGCUUACCUGGACGCUUUAUUCGCUUUAGAACCUCUGAAGAAAGAAGGCUACGACGGGCUGAAUAAUCUGAUCACCGAGUUCGAGAAGAAUCUUCAGAUGCUGCAGAAGGUCGAUGAAGAAACCGAAGGCUGGAGUACAAUCCUGGGUUAUAUGCUGAGCUCCCGUCUUGAUCCUGUUACUCUUCGAAAUUGGGAAACACACCAUAACAGCAAGGAAGUUCCCAGGUACGAAGACCUGAAGAAGUUUUUACGCAACUAUUGCAGUGUUCUCCAAUCUGUAGCGCCAUCGAAAGGGUCAAGUUCAACAGACAACAAGCAAUCCAGGAGUUCAGUAUGUAAUACCGCAUACAAGUCGUCGAAUCGGUGUCCGUUCUGCAACGAGCCGUGGCAUUCACCCUUCCACUGCCAGAAGUUCAUGCGUUUAAAAUUGUCUGAGCGUUUGGACGCGGUAAAUCGAGCCAGAGUCUGCCGUAACUGUUUCCAGAGUGGUCAUUUCGCAGCGAAUUGCAGCCGAAGUACCUGUCGUCAUUGUCAUCAGAAGCAUCAUUCGUUAAUCCACGCGUCGCGAUCCUCCGUUCCACACCCGUUGAAUCCGAAGCCGUAUCAACAGUCAACGUCACAACCCAUCGUUCAACAAGCAUCGUUCCAACAGCCAAAUCCACAACUCCAACCAACAAACACCGAGAACUUGCACACCUCAACACAAAAUGCACCAACCACCUCACAACACACAAACACACAACAAACCUCAACACAUAGUAACACCAGUCAAAAUUAUGUCGCACUUCCUGCUUCUCCUUCGAAUAACAUUAUUCUGUCAACGGCUCUAAUAAGAGUGAAAGAUCGUCAUGGCAACACGCUGAUUGCUCGAGCUCUUCUUGAUUCUUGUUCGCAACAUUGCCUCAUGACACGUGACUUCUCUCGCAAGCUGCGCUUCGUUGAAUCGCCCACGUUCCUGUCGGUCCAAGGUAUUGGAUCAUCGCAAAGUGUUUCAACAAAGGCUGUAAGCGCUGAAAUAACUCCCCGUUCGCCGAAGAUGUCCCGCUUCCAGGAAACUGUGCAAUUUUUCGUUUUGCCAAAGCUCACUCUUCAUUUGCCAACAACUUCGUUUGAUCCAUCCACUUUGUCGCUUCCUGAUGCAUCGCUCCUGGCAGAUCCGUAUUUCCAUGAGUCGAGGCGCAUAGACGUAAUAAUUGGCGCUGAAUAUUACAUGGACUUGCUCACAAACGACAGACGGAAGAUAACUGCAAACGGACCAACUCUACAAAAGACCGUAUUCGGAUGGAUUGUCUCGGGUCGAGUAUCAAGCGCAACACCAUCCAUUUCUCAGACUUAUGUUUGCUCAACUGUAGAUCUUCAAGAUCAAUUGAUGAAGUUUUGGGAACUGGAAACCUGCCGCGUUAAAAGCGUCCUGUCGAUAGAAGAAUCGUUGUGUGAAAAGAUCUUUCGAGAAACUACGAUACGUGACACUGAAGGCCGAUUCGUCGUUACACUUCCCAAGAAAGAGUCUGUGAUUGAUCAAAUCGGCAACUCACUCACGAGAGCUGCUAGUCGUUUUACGGCACUGGAAAGGCGAUUUGAAACCGAUGCGGAUUUGAAGAAGUUGUAUGCUGCCUUCGUCCACGAAUACCUUGCACUAGGGCACAUGCAAGAAGUGUCAGACAAGUCGGAUCUAGAAAAAGGCUACUACAUACCGCAUCUCCCUGUGUUUAAACCUGACAGUACGACGACAAAAUUGCGGGUGGUGUUCGAUGCAUCAUGCAAGUCAUCCUCUGGUGUUUCGUUGAAUGACGCUCUAAUGGUGGGACCCGUCGUCCAGGAUGAGCUGCUGGAUAUCACGCUACGCUUCAGGCUUCAUCAGUACGCGAUUGUAGCUGACAUAGCCAAGAUGUAUCGAAUGAUCAAGGUGCAACGUGGGGAUCAUCGGUGGCAGAGGAUUUUGUGGCGAGAUUCAAGAGAUGAGUCUAUUCGGACCUUCGAACUUAACACCGUUACUUACGGUACUUCCUCCGCCCCUUAUCUUGCUACAAGGUGUUUGCAACAAUUGUCCCAGGAUGGAGCUGAGGAAUAUCCGAUCGCAGCUGAGGUGCUCGCUUCUGCGUUCUACGUCGACGACAUGCUGAUUAGUGUCAAAUCCAUUGAGGAAGGAAAGCAACUUGUGCAGCAAAUGAUGAGCCUCAUGGAUUCUGCUGGAAUGUCUCUCAGAAAGUACGUUUCUAACUGCUCGGAAAUUCUACGAAAUGUACCCUCCCAUCUCUGUGAUGAACGAUUGGUUUGUGAGUUAGACUCAACCAGAUCUACUGUGAAAACCCUUGGAUUGCAGUGGCAGCCUAGCUCCGACGACUUCCGCUUCAGUACGAUUUCUUGGGAUGAUAAAGCACCGAUUACCAAGCGAAAAGUAUUGUCAGACGUAGCACGGCUUUUCGAUCCCUUAGGACUAAUUGGCCCCGUCGUAAUCUAA